CCCGAACGCACACAGCUGCCUGUCUGACUGACUGACUGACUGACUGAAUUGGCUUCUCCCUUUCGUGCUAACUAAGCUGCAGCAGUGUUGCACAGCUCCGCUUCGGCCUCCGUUUGCACCUGGCUGCCUUUAUUCAAGGACGGUGGGGUGUCCUGCUCUGACUGUAAGAACAUAUGUGCCUGGGAGUGUGACACACCUCUGUUCCAUGGCUACCUCAGGCUCCAUCCCUCCUCUUCCGACCACCAUUGCAGCCACUGUGCCUGAGGAUUUCCAUUAUGAAACCAAGUACAUCGUGCUCACCUACCUGGGAGGGCUGCCUGCUGGCAGGUGGCAUGCUCCACUCACCGUAGCCGAAGGAGAGGCCGAGCGAGAGUGCGCCAGCAUUUUGAAAGAGCAGGUAGAAGAGGAGCUAAGACGACUUGAGGAUGAAAUUACGGCAUCCUUUUCCAGCACAGGCUUCGACCGCCGCGCAUCGCUGGUAUUCAAUCCCGUCAACCCUGAGACAUCAAUUGAAGACUGUCUCGCUGAGCUGGGAGAUCGCGCGGCCCGAGAGCUGGACGCGCACCUAAGACCAGCUGUGCACGCGCUCCUCGCUGGGCCUCUCGAAUUUGAGAGAUUCCGAGAUACAACACUGGACCUUUUAACACACACGCAGGGAGGGCGGAGCAAGGUGCUUGUGCCUUUGGUGCUGCUUCGGGCUUUACAAAGCGAAGAUCAGUCUGUGUCAACCCUGCUUCAUCUUGGAGUGCGCUUCCUGGAAGAGGCUCAGGGUGAAUACAUCGGCCAGCAAGGGGGAUACGGUGAAAUAUUUGGCCUUGGUUCAGAAGACGAGCGAGGCGUUGCCAUCGCCGAAGACAGCAACGACAUCUACAUCCUGUCGGGGGAGCAAGCGUCCGACCAGCUGAGCCCGCCGUCGUCUCUGCUGUGCACGGCUGACAACAGCAGCGGGCACAGCUCCUGGCAGACGGAGAGCUUACCCGUGUCGCUGGCCGGUCACGAGUCGUGGGCACAGGUGUGCGCGAUGGACCCCGAAGAUAUCAAGAGCCUGGACAGCAACGAGGGCGUCGCUCUGGCCGAGGAGCGCAGCGAAAACAACUCUUCCAACUCGGACAUCGUCCAUGUGGAGCGUGAGGAAGCCGAGCUGCUGGAGGAAGGCGCGGUGAUAGAGGAGAGCAUGAUGAGUGUUUUGGGCACAGAGAGUGAGCUUGCCCAACUCAGAGAGGAAACUAGGAGCCAGAGUCCAGUAGCUCCUGCGACCUUGGAGGAACCUGCCUCCCUGAUUUCACUGGAAGACCCUGUUGUAAUAGAUACACCUUUAAGCUUGUCAACAGAACCUUCCCUCAUCUCUUUAGAACCAGAGCUUCCUCCUCCAGUCCCAGAAGCUGCUGCUCCCCCUCCAGCUGAACCACAACCUCCGGCACCCUUACCUGUUCCUGUUGUAGAACCAGAGCCUGAGGCAAAAAGGCCAACUCCCGAGGCUGCACCGGCAUCUCCGGCUAAGCAGGCCCAGACGGCAGAGCCUGAAACCUCUUCUGAACCACAAUUGCAGCCAGUAACUGUGCCUCCCCAGCAAGAACCGGAGGCCCCGAGCGAGGCCGAGGUACCACCAGGUGCAACCCCAGUCCCAGAGACCCCCGUGCAGGCCGUCAGCGAGGAGCCCCCAGUGCAGCCAGAUCCAGCAUCGGAGCUCCAAGUUCUGUUCUACGGAGGAGCUGCCCUGGUGCUUCUCGCUGCCGUGAUGGCUUAUGGUGUCAUAAGCUAUAGGAGGAAGUAGAAUGGACGCGUGUCCUUCUCAGGGGGUUAGAUCACAGCUAAUAGGAAGUUGCGAUAGAAAUCAAAUGAUUUAGUACACUGAAGAUGCAUUUCUUUCGAGGCCACAUUCUAAAACCCAUCGUCCAUAUGAAGACAACGCCUCUGACCCACCCAGAAGGUGCAAGUACAGAAAAGGGAAAUGAAUGCACUCCACUCAUCCAAUGUUCAAACUUGACAGUCAUGGUUUUGGUUUCUCUUGCUUCCCCACCCCCCCCCCCCCUUUUUUUUUUCUUCUCCUUUUUCCUCAUCAGUACCUGUGCCAUGUGAUUCUCCUUACAGUGUUUAAAAUGUCCUAAUGGAUUGUACCACUGCUGUCACUCCUAUAUAUUUUUUUUGAAUUUAGUAUAGUAAAGUCAUACUCAUGAGAUUCUUUACUUAUUGGUUACAUCAGUCAUUGAAAAAGCUGCAGCACACUUUUCAAAAUAAAGUAUUUUUAAAAUAUAAAUAACUGGAUGACAGAUAAGUUAGCAAAACAUUUGCUGCAGUGUAAAUAAACUCGCCAUGUGAAAGUCCA